AUAUACAAAAUAACUAUAGUUCCAUCCAGGACAUUUUGUGUUGUUAGUGUGGGACAAUCAGAAGCAAAGAUUGAGGCUAUAAUGAAUGACUUUAUUCAACUUGAACCACAGUUCAAUUUAUUUGAAGCAGAGACUAUGAUGGAAGGUACGCUUGAUGGAUUCACAUUUGAUUCAGAUGAGGAGGGUGAUAAGCUCCCUGAAUCACAGGCCUAUCAAAAUGAUCAGAAUAAUGAAGAUGACGGUCAACCUAAGGCGAAAACCAAAAGAAAAGCUGAGAAACCAGUGGGGAAGGCACCGAAGAAGGCCAAGGGUGCAGGGAAGGCCCCUAAAAAGGGCGCGAGGAAAACCCAGCCAGCGAAGAGAACUAGGAAGGCGAAGAAAUGAUAUUUGUUGAUUUGUUUGCGAAAAAAUGGCUGUUGAGAACUUGAGAUAGCUGGCGGCUGAUAAUUCACUCUGAAUUCUGAUUGUCUGAAUUUGCCGAGAUAACUGAUCUGGGUCCAUCGGGUGUAACAUCAUGUAGCACUUAGGAGUAUUUUAGAGAUGAAAAAAAAGAAGAGAAAAUGUAAAAUUGCAAAGACGAUACUGUGUUUACAUACUCCAGGAGCUCUGUAUCCUCAUUUCCAUGUAGAGUUUGUAAGCUAAUACAAAAUUCUGGAGUUUUUCCAAAA